AAUGAUAUCCCAAAAGAAAUUUUCCAAAAUGCAAAGGCUUUUAUCAAUAAAUCAAUUGAACAACAAAUGAAGAAUAAUUUCGUCAUCGAAAAAGUUGAAAAGUUCUUUACAUAGUUGAAAGACGGCAAAGACCAUUGCAUUCAUUCACUGAGAUUAGUUUAUUUAACAUAUAAUGACAUUCAUAUCGAGUGAAUGUUUAUAAUACAAAUACCACAAGUUAGGAGAAACACUACCAAUGUACAUACUGGGAAAGCCAAUAAGAAUAAAAGAGGUUAGAGGAUAAAAUAUUCGCAAUGCCAAGGAAUAAAACCAACAUACCAGUUGACAACAACCAAAUCAAAAUUGUGGGCAGAUGACUAAUAUGCAUAAUAUAUCAAAAAAUGCAAAAAGUAUAUAAAUGUAUCUUCCUGCGUUGAACUGCAACAGUCAGUUAAUAGCAGGGCUAGACAAUUAUAUUGCAACAAUAUAUUAUAUUCAUUUUUCUUCAAUGUCAUUAUAGAAGAAAUUUGUUCAUCUGCUAAUAUUUACAACACAGGUUCCAUAAGUUCUCCAUUGGAAUGAUAUGUUUUCAAUUUGGAAGACAGCGGUAUUAUAAACAACCGUUUUUUAGAAGCAUUUGUUCGGGAUAAGGGCCCAAACUACUUUGCUUUUUUUGUUUACUUUGAUAUUUGACAAGAAAAUAUUAGUGAAGACCAUCGACCGCGUACAGAAAGGUGAGGAAAGAUUGUGAAUGAACAGAAUAAUUGAAUUCCACAAAGCUUACAUUGGUUUUUAAGUAACCUGAUACAAUGAAUUGUCGUUAUACCACAUACUACUGCUAUAGUUAUAUGUGGCCAUGCCCAUGCGCGUCUAUAAUAUAUGUUAGGAAAACCUCAAAUUCUCUUCAACAAAUAAAGUUGUUUGAUAUUCUUUAAAUGCUAUACAGAAUUGGAUGGGAAUUGUUUAUUUUGUAACAAAAUAGUUUAUACUACAAGAAUCAAGAUGUGGGACAGAGACUACUACAAGAAUAUGUUUAUAAGUAUUUUUUUGGAUGAUUCCAGAAAUCAGUUUAGCACAAGAGUAUAAAAACAAGAGACAGUGAAAUGACAAAAUGUUAUUCCACAGUUUCCGACAAUUAUCAAUAUUUGAUAAUGCAGGACAUUGGCUUUUUGUAACACAGUAAGUAAAUACCCAACUGGAUAACCAAAUAUUAUAUCUAUCUAAAAUUAGGUUCAAGAGCUAAAUGCUAUUGAGUUGCGGGUGAACAACAAGUCAGGGCUGCAUAGAGAAGCCAGGAAAAAAUUCUUUGAGCUUAUCAAUGGAACAUUGGCUUUUUAGUUUGAACGCAAUUCUAUCUAAUCACUCAACUUCUCAUAAAAUUUACUGCUAUUGUUCAUUACCCAGGACAGAUUAAGAGUACUUUAACUGACUGUCCAGCAUGGGUUUGGGCUCCAGUAGAAUACGUAGAAGAGGGCAUACCAAAGCACAUAGGAAAAUAGAAAGUCCUGCAACCAGUAACAUUACAAAUGGAACGAAUGAUACGGACAUAAUCAUCAGAAGUGGAAGAGGUAAUAUUAGUUGUAGCAAAGGAAGGAUAAAACUUGUUACUGAAAAUAAUGAGGAUUCAACUUGGCGUCAACAAGUUCAAGAUGGAGGGAAGUUCCAGUUAUACUGCAGAUAUAGUGAACCGAGAUUAUACUGGGUUCCAAAUAGGCAAGGAAAACUACGAUUGAUGGAUAAACCAAGAGCCAGCAGAAUGCAGAGGUUUGCUGAAGAUGACUACAAAAAUUUUAUACUCCAUCAGGACUCGCGCACAAUCAGAGACGGUUAUGAAAUAAUGCAUGUUGCCACAAAAAAAAUGAUUACUAUUGUAAAUGAUAACUUAGUGAUUGAUGACACUCGAAAUGCAGAAAAAUUUUAUAUUAGUCAUGUAAGGAACAAUAGUGAUGCAAUGGAUCCAUGGGAAAGAAUAUAAUGAUCGUUUUAUUUUUUUGUUAAAAAUGACCUAAGCACCUUCUAUAAUUUGCAGUAUCGUGAUUUUUCAAAAUAUUAUUUAAAUGCUCCCUGCGGUUCGGUUCUAACCUAGUGGUUUAAUUCAUUCUAGUUUGUAGGUAAAUGCUAUUCAAUGUCCAAUGAAAUCUGUAAUAUGCGUCAUCACUCAUUUCCAGUAGAAUGUAAUUUUCCGCAACGAAACUAAGUAGAAAAGCUUUUUAUUAAAUCAUCAUACUUUGUAAUUUAAUUAAGGAAGCGCCAAAUACACAAUAUCAAAUAUUAUAUUCAUUCCCAAGUUAUGGCA